AUAGAACCGAUUUGAAUAAAAGAACCGACCCAAACCCUAGCUGACUGUAAAUCUCUCCUCCUGCGCUCGUCAUAAAAAUCAAAUUAGGGUUAGAUUUUUCAAAAUUAGGGUUAGAUUUUUCAAAAUUAGGGUUUCUUAAAUUUAAUUAAUUAAAUGGCAAAGAAAGAGAAGCGAAAAGCGAAAAUCAAAGUAAUCGAAGAAGAAGAAGAGAAGCCGAAGAAAUUUGUAGCGGAGGUUAGUAGCGAUGAUGAAGAGGCGAAUGAAGAUCUGAGCUUGAAGAUUGUAGAGAAAUCACUGUUAAUGCGAGCGACGAGAUUGGCUGAAAACGGCAACGGUUUUGUCGUUCUAGAUGAUGAUGGUGGUGGUGGUGGUGGUAGAGACGGUGGUGCGGUGGAGAUAGAGUUGCCGUCGUCAAUGGAGGCUGAAUCGGCGAGUGCGGGUUCCCGUGGGGUGAAGAAGAGGAAAAAGAGAAAGAAUGUUGAGAAGAAGAUGGAAGUUUCAGUUGUUAUUGCGAAAGAAGAAGAGGAGGUGGAUAAAAUUGAAGAGGCGGAAACAGUUGACAACGCGGAGAUAAUGGAGAAGGCAGAGAAGAGUGAGAAGGUAGAGGUAGACGAGGCUGCAGAACUGGUUGAAGAUGGUGGUGCAAAUGCAGUUGAGGACUCUGUUAAUAUUGUGCUCCGAAAGCUUCUUCGGGGGCCACGGUACUUUGAUACUCUAGAUAGUGGCUGGUCAAAUUGCUAUAACUGUGGGGAGGAAGGUCAUAUGGCGGUGAACUGUCCGACAUUUACAAAGAAGAUUAAGCCAUGCUUUGUUUGUGGGAGUUUGGAGCAUGGGGCUAAGCAAUGCACUAAGGGACAAGAUUGCUUUAUUUGCAAGGAAAGUGGCCACCGUGCAAGAGAUUGUCCAGAGAAAUAUAAGGGUACUCAUCAGAGUUCAAAAAUAUGUUUGAAAUGUGGGGGAUCCGGGCAUGAGAUGCUCUCAUGCAUGAACGAUUAUUCUGUUGAUGAUCUCAAGGAAAUACAAUGCUACAUCUGCAAGAGUUUUGGCCAUUUAUGUUGUUUUACCUCUGGCGAUGAUGGUUCAAGACAAGUUUCUUGCUACAGAUGUGGUGAACUAGGUCAUACUGGUUUGGACUGUGGAAGGUUACACGAGGAAGCCUCUAUGAUAGAAUCACCUAGUUCAUGCUACAGAUGUGGGGAAGGAGGGCAUUUUGCACGUGAGUGCACCAGUUCUGCUAGGGGUGGGAGGAGGAAUCGUGAAUUAUUAACCCUGACUCUAAAAGCUCAUAGGGAAAAUAAAGAAAGCUUGGGAAUUAAAUCUGCCCCGCAUGAUCUUGUCAAGGCUCGUAAAAAGAGAAAAACCAAGUCCGAAGAGAAAGGCAGUACAACACCGCAAAAAUCAAAACAUAAAGGUCGCCACAUUGCAGAGCAUCUAACAAAUUCAUCCCAGUCAACACCAAAGAAGUCAAAACACAGAGGUGGAUGGAUUAUGGAGGAUCCUGGAGAUGUAUCUAAAUCAACACCAAAACAAUCGAAACACAGAGGGGGAUGGAUUACAGAGGAUCCUGGAGAUGUAUCUAAAUCAACACCAAAAAAAUCAAAACACAAAGGUGGAUGGAUUACAGACGAUCCUGGAGAUGUAUCCUGGUCUAAUUCCAUGAACCAUUUCAAUUCUCCUUCAACACCUUCUUACAAGGGUUGCAAGAGUUCUCCUAUGACUUCUGGCCAUCAUAUGUCAAGUUCUCAAACUUUUAAGAAAAAUAACUGGAGUCAUUCAGGAACUUCAGCAUUCCAAGGGUCGGCAACACCUUAUCAGCAUAGAUAUUCAGCAUCCAGGUUUGGCAACCCUGGCCAUGCAUACAGCAACUCUGGCCAUGCAUACAGCAACCCCAGGCAUGCAUACAGUCACUCUGGCCCUGGAUACAACAACUCUGGGCAUGCACACAACAACUCCAGAUAUGCAUAUAACAACUUCAGGCAUGCACAGGACAACUCAGGGUAUGGGCACAACAACUCAGGGCAUGCAUAGAACACCUAUGGCCAUGCAUAUGGCAACUCUGGUUACACAUUUGGCAGCUCUGGCAAUACUGGGAUGAGGAGAGACAAUGGUUGGUGGUAGAAAUGCGAAUUAUAUUCCAACUAUUGAAGCGGGGAGCCCAAAUAUUUUUCCGGGAGUCAUCUAAGUUAUGUAAUUUUUUGAUCCCUUUAGCGCGCAAGUUAUUGACAGAUCAUUUUUUCAUACAUGGAUGCUCUUGUUCUAGUGAUUUAUACAUUCUUUCCUCAAUGCAUGUAUCCACACACCUUGCUGUAACCUUUGAAGGAUAGGUAGUGGUUUAAGUUGAGAGGAACUUACUUUUACCCCAUUCUUUCUGAAAGAACUUUGUUGAUUUAUUUAUGUCAGAAUCAUUGUCAAUUCUUGAA